CACACUCACACACACACACGCACACACACACACACGCACACACACACGCACGCACACACACUCACACGCAAGCCUAUAGUGCAGUCUCAUGGUAGUCCAGCUGCAUAAAUAGACUGUGUGCCUGAAAAGGGGAGAAAACCAAGGCACUGAGAGGCACAAGACGAGAGGCUGAGUUCUCUGCAGCAGCAUUUCAACAUGAGCUCCUCCUUUCCUACUCAUAUACAGUCCAAGAUGGAAAGGGCUAUGAACAUGAAGGAGGAGGACAAAUUAUACAGGUACAAUGGGGUGCUGUACCCCACUAUCAUGAGUCCACUGGAGAAUCUACAAGCAUUGGAGAAUCUGGAAGCCAGGCCAGAGGAUGUCAUGUUAGUAGCAUAUCCAAAAUGUGGGUUCAACUGGAUGGUGGCCGUGCUGAGGAAAAUCAUGGCGGCCGCUAGUGGCAAGAAGGAGGAGUCUGUAAUGCCGCCGUUGAUGGAGUUCUACGGUCCAGAAAUGCUACAGCGUUUGGAUCAAGCUCCGUCUCCGAGGUUUCUGGGGACGCACAUGCACCCAGAAAACAUCCCCGCCUCGUUCUGCGUUAAGAAAACAAAGAUGCUGGUCAUUUUCCGAAACCCCAAAGACACAGCUGUUUCCUUCUAUCACUUUUCCAACAACAAUCCUGUGCUGCCCACGUGUGAGUCCUGGGACAAAUUUUACACAGAGUUCAUGAGUGGAGAAGUGCCUUGGGGUUCCUACUUUGACCACGCGUUGGCCUGGGAGAAACGCAUGGACGACCCAAACGUGAUGAUUGUAACCUUUGAGGAACUUAAGGAGGACCUGUGUGAAGGCAUACGGCAGAUUUCCAAGUUCUUCGAUUUCAGUCUGACUGAUGAAGAUGUCCAGACCAUUGCUCAGGAGAGUACGUUUAACGCCAUGAAGGAGAGCUCCAAGCACUCGCAUGGUCAACUGGGCAAAGUCUUUUUCCGAAAAGGUGAGGUGGGGGACUGGAAAAACCACUUCAGUGAGGCCCAGAGCAGGGAGAUGGAUGCAGAAUUCGAGAAGCGCCUCGCUGGUACAAAGCUGGGGGCCAAGCUGAAGUACGACCUGUACUGCAAGUAAGGAGCCGAACGAGGAAACGCAGACCCGCACCAGCAAAUUACAAGGAGACCAGAUAUGCAAAGGGAACACGGUGACGGGCUACAGUUCGGAAUGUUCAAGAAAAACACGACCCACGUGCAGAAAAGCGAGUCUUCAUGUGUGUACUGAACGAUGGGGAUGGGGGAAUGGUCAGACGUGUGCUGUGUGCGGUUUUGCAGGAACCAGCCGGGAAUGCGAUAUUGUGAUCUUAAGAAAAACAGGCUCUUUGCAGCCCAG